AUAUCAAAACAUUUCCAUCGUGCGCUACGCCUACUCAUUUGUCAUUGGAUCAAGGUUUGUGGGUGGCGCUGGUGUAUAAAAGUCACUUGCAUUGCUGUGGAUAUACCAUAACCAAAGAGUUUCUAGUGGCAGUCGUUUUUGUCUUCAUCAACUCAACAGCCUCCAAAGGUCUUGCCGAUCGGCUUAAACUUCUGAUUUCUGAUUCUGUGACGAACUAAGGAACUUGGCCAUCUGCAUUAAAACUUUUAGUCUCUUUACUUUUUUUCCAAUUUAUCUGCCUUCUUCAUAUUGCUCAAGAUAAUAUUUUUGUAGCCCUCCUUAACGUCGCUGGUGUAAUCAACACAAACUCUGAGAUGGAUAACUGGGGAGAAUCCAUGAACAUUUCAAAGAUGUCACAUGUGAUGUCAGCUGACUUCUUAACACACCAUCUAUCAGCGGUCUUGACAGCCGGACUCACCGCCAUCCUGCUCGUCCUCUUCGGUCUAACCCGUAUCAAGGACGUCUCGUCGAAGAAGCUCGUCCGACCACCAGGCCCAAGCGGCAUACCCCUCCUCGGCAACCUUCUCACCGUCGCUUUCUCCAAGCUUUACCAACACGAACUCGUCAAUCAAUGGAGCAAGAAGUACGGAGACGUCUUCUGGUUCAAGAUCUUCGGCACCGGUGUCGUCAUCAUCAACGACAUGGACGUCGUUCAGAAGACUUUCCAGAAUUCGGAGGUUUGUGACCGGGCUCCUUUCUUCGCCUUAGAUCAUGUCAUUGGUCGAGAAAACAAUGGAAUCGCCUUUGCCAAUGGUGGAUCGUGGAAGGAACAGAGGAAAUUCUUUGUUUCUGUCUUUCGCAAAGUGGACAUUGGUGUGUCCAGGUUAGAGGACAUUGUGAGUGAUCAGGUCAGGAACAUCGUCACACAGGUCAAGAACCUUAAAGGUGAGAAAUUUGAUCCAGCAAUCAUGGUCAAUAUGUCAAUUGCCAACAUCAUCACCCGGAUCAUCACCGGGGUCACUUACAAAUGGGAGGACAAGAAAUUCCAGCAUAUUGUGGCUUGCUCGGGAAAACUCUUCGACAUCAGCGGUCCAGCAGGACUCUUCAGCCUCAAUCCCGUCUUCGCUCGACUACCGCUUCCCGUAAACUACGAGAUUCGCCGCCUCAGCCUUUCAAUCGUGGACUUCAUUCAAGAAUCGAUCGAUGAACACAGGAAGCACUUCAAAUCUUACCCAGAUGCAAAGGCUAAAGAUUACAUCGGAGCAUAUCUGAAGGAGAUGGCCGGUGCCGAUGCGAAUACACUCAAAUCGUUUGACGAUUCAAACCUAGUGGUGAGCUGUUUCGAUGCUCUCCUUGCCGGAUGGGAGACAGUAGCAUCCACUCUCCGAUGGACUAUCUACCUCCUCUCCACGCACCCUGAAGCCCAAGAGCGCAUGCGACAAGAGAUUCUUGACCUGGUGGGCUCGGAGCGUUUCCCAACCAUCGCCGAUCGCCAGCAUCUCCCUCUAACCGAAGCGACCAUCGCCGAGUGCAUGCGAUUCAUUCCCGCCGUCCCCAUCCAUCUCCCUCAUGUGACGUCACAGGAUUGCAAGAUCGGAGGCUUCGACGUGCCCAAGGGAAGCGCCGUAGCAGCCAAUCUCCAUCACUUCGCCAAGAGCCCCACCCUUUGGGAGGAUCCCGAUGUCUUCAGACCAGAAAGAUUCAUUGAUGACGAAGGCAAAUUUAAGAGGGGCAUGGAACCAAUUCCUUUCGGCUAUGGUAAGAGGCAAUGUCCUGGGGAACAACUCGCCCGGAUGGAGAUGUUCAUUUUCACUACCUUCCUGGUCCAGAACUUCGAUCUAAGACUCCCAGCUGGAGCUAAGGCUGAUCUUCAAGGGGUUCUUGGUCUAACAUGGAGGCCCAAUCACUACUUCAUCGAGGGACGUCCUAUCAAUUCCAACGAAGAGUGAAAUAAGAGACUGUAAAUUUGGUGCGUAACAGCUCAUUGCUUGAGGAAGAUGGUUUUCUGGCCAUCAAUGGGGAUUUGUAUUUUUGUUCAUUAGCAUCAACAUCAGCUAAGCUCUUUGAACAAGACAGGAAUGAUGAACAGAAAAAUAUUCCGUCUAGUGACAAGAAUGCAGUACCCACUUUUUUAUCCAAAAAUAUUAUAUCUCGCAUUUCUCCGUGUUCAUGGACGUUCUUUUCUGGAAUGAAGAAAACCGUACCAAUUUAGACUCUUAACUUGACCAACCCAUAUUUACCACAGAGUACUUUUUGGUUUCGUAGAAGUUAGCAAAGUUAGACUCUUAACUUGACAAACCCGUAUUCACGACAGAGUACUUUUUGGUGUCAUAGAAGUUAGCAAAUCUAAUGAUACUGAGCACUAAGACAAGAAAGAGUGAUGAAAAUGGUUAAUCAUUCACAUUAAUAUUUCUAAAGCUUACGUCAGUGAUGACAUUAAAAAACAUAGUAUAUUGUUUACCGCUCAUAAUGUCAUGGUACAAUUAGUAAUGGGAAACUCAAGAAUUAUAUGGCUGAGAGUGAAAAUAACGGUUGGAAAAUACAUUUUGUUGACACUUAUUUGAUAUCAUUUCGUUUCCAUAGUGACGAAGGAGGCAAAAGAAACACGUUAUGCUGAUGUUUAAAAUAUAAAUACAUUCAUGUUGAAUGGAUGUUAAUUUUUGGUUGUUGUUUAAAGAACUUCUGUUUAUAUUCUUUCUGUAAAAUAUUGUAUAUAGUGUACAUUUGCUUGUAAAUGUAAUAUGGUUAAUGUGGUAUUAACAUUUCCAAUGCAAACAGACAACCUUUAAGUAUUACUUAAGUAAUAUUUACCAUGGACAGCGCGACAGGGGUGUCUCGACGCUAAAGGAGAAGAGGAAAGGGCAUAAAAAAAGUUAUAUCUGGGUCGUGUGACUCAAUUAAUAUAUUAUCCAUGUUAUUCAUUUGAGAAAAAAAUGUAACUUGAAUAUUGUUUUGACCCCCCCCCCCCAUCAAUACAUCUCGGUUCCACCCGUGGUGCUAACACAUUUGUAAAUAAACAAUGCGUAAUAUCAUUGUAAGGAUAACCUUUUACCUAUUCGAAAAUAAAACAACGAUUAUGCCGAUA